UUGUGGACUGGACGGGUAAUAGAACGUGAAGAGGGAGACGCUUUUUGUUUUUGUUCAACUAAACCGUCGAAAAGGAGCCGAAUUGCUGUUUCUGUCGUCCGUUUCGAUUCGUUAAGAGCCUUAGCUCGGUGAUUAGAGCCAAACGACCGGGCCGGAGGGCGAACAGACCGAAGCAUUUGAUCUAGAAAGGGAGGACUCGUCACCCUCUGACCCCCUCCCUGCUUCCCUCACACAUAGACACCACCAUGACGAUUCUCCCGAAGAAGAAGCCCAGCUCCGGUGUCGGCGUCUCGGACCACGCCGAUGACAGCGACCGUCGCAGCGGCUCCGACCCGCACCAGCACCCGCACCCACACGCAGGGCGGACCGGAGCCCGACCGAGGGCUUCACCUCCGCCGUGGUCCUACCAGCCCGCUCCGCCCUCCGCAAGGGACGACAGGCGGAGCAUCGAGGCGAGCUCCCGGCCGCAGCAGGCCUCUCCGCCGCCCGUCGGCUCCGUGUCUCCGGUAGGGCCGGGCGACGGUCGGGACAGCAGCGGCGGAAUGGUGGCCGGGUCCCGCGGGGAGCUCGUCGUGUCGGCCGGAGUCGUCGGCUGUGGCGGAGGCAUCGGGAGCUGCUGCUCCGGGCCCGGGCUGAGCAAGAGGCGGCGGCAGGCAGGCACCUGCUCCGGCGGAGUGGUGGCGGCUCUGGCCGGCGGAGGCCAGCCCGGGGUGACAGGACCGGGAGUAGUGGGGUCCAGCCAGGACACGGAGGAAGGAGCCGGGAACAAUAGCGAGGACGAGUACGAGAAUGCUGCCCGGCUGCAGUCCAUGGACCCGGCUACCGUAGAGCAGCAGGAGCACUGGUUUGAAAAAGCUCUGCGGGAAAAGAAAGGCUUUGUCAUCAAGAAGAUGAAGGAGGACGGCGCGUGUCUGUUCAGAGCAGUGGCUGAUCAGGUGUAUGGAGACCAGGACAUGCAUGAAGUGGUCAGGAAACACUGUAUGGACUACCUGAUGAAGAACGCAGACUAUUUCUCCAACUAUGUGACAGAGGACUUCACCACAUACAUCAACAGGAAGAGGAAAAACAAUUGCCAUGGCAACCACAUUGAGAUGCAGGCCAUGGCUGAGAUGUACAACAGACCAGUGGAGGUGUACCAGUACAGCACAGAGCCAAUCAACACGUUCCACGGCAUCCACCAGAAUAACGACGAGCCAAUCAGAGUCAGCUACCACCGCAACAUCCACUACAACUCUGUGGUGAAUCCCAACAAGGCCACGAUCGGCGUCGGACUGGGACUGCCCGCCUUCAAACCCGGGUACGCAGAGCAGUCUCUGAUGAAGUCGGCCAUCAAGACGUCAGAGGAGUCGUGGAUCGAGCAGCAGAUGUUGGAGGAUAAGAAGAGGGCGACGGACUGGGAGGCCACCAACGAGGCCAUCGAGGAGCAGGUGGCCCGGGAGUCCUACCUGCAGUGGCUGCAGGACCAGGAGAAACAGGCCAGACAGCCCCGUAAGGCCAGCGCCACCUGCAGCUCGGCGACGGCGGCGGCUUCCAGCGGACUGGACGACUGGAGCGCCCGGUCACCACGGCAACGGGACUCAGACCCCUCCCACUCCGAACUCACAACUGCCCCGUCGACCAACAACAAGCCCCCAUCCCCCGCCGGAGCCGCCCUAAUCCUAAGCAAACCCCCCUCCCCCUGCGCGCCAGGUCCCAGUAAUCAGAGCCGUCAUCAUUUGGAGUACAGAGCCAUCAUGCAGGAGAUGUCUCCUACAGCGUUUGGUCUGACGGACUGGGAGGACGAUGAGAUUCUGGCGUCGGUGCUGGCUGUCUCUCAGCAGGAGUACCUGGACAGCAUGAAACACCAGAGCGCCGCCAUGCAUCGAGAGAGAGAGCCGUCACCGGACAGCAGCUGAUAGCUGGCUGACACGCAAAAACACACAAAUACAACGAUGACCUUUGACCUCCCCGUGCCCCCGUCCCACCCUCCAACAUCCUGAGCCCCCCCCUCGCCUCUGACCCGCAGAAGGAGAUCGACCAGGGAAAAAAAUAAAACAUCAAACAAAGAAAUGCAAACUUGUUUUUUUCUCCAGAUGUUUUCACUCAUCUGCUCAUCACUCUCCAUUCUGUCGUCUCUUCUUCCUUCCUUCCCCGUUUCCCUCCCUCUUUUCCUCCGUCUCGUUUCCUCAUCCACCUUCUAGCCAAUAGUGAUCAGUGUCAUUUACACCCCCCUCCCAUGCUCUGGUUUCCACUCAGAUGGAGCUCGGUCUUAAAGGUGGAGUUGUUCUGCUCAAAGUUCGUCGAUAUUCAGCAGAUCUCGCCUCGCAGUCGCUGUCUGCUCUGAAAAAGGGGAGCAAGCAAAGUGGCUCGAACCAAACCACAACACUAUUCCAGCCAAUCAGCGACCGGAACUGUUCGAGCUCGUGCACAGGAGGGGAAGGGGGGAGGGAAAGGGAGGCUAACGUGUAAUCUCGUGUGAGGACGGAGAGAUGGUCAGAUCGGCAGUCUUUCUCCAGAAUGACUCACGGAGCGUCAGUCGUCAUUUCAUUUUCUUGACAUGUAAACGUCAUAUUUUGCAGCUUUCAACAGGCAACACUGAUGACAUUCAUCAUCAGACAUCAUCGGUUUACUUUUUGAUGUUUCUGUUUGGGUGUCAACAAAUUGGAUUGAUCAUUCAGGUUGUAGCAGGCUGUUAGCUCUCCGGCUAUCAGGGCCAUUUCAAUGAGAAUGCUAAACAGGACAGUGUAUCAGUGUGCUGUUGGCUAAGUUAGCAUGUUCUUUUGCGAGCAAGCUAUCACCUGAAGUCUUACUGUGUUUUAAAGAUAUUUCCUUUUAGCACUGCUAUCAAGCUGCAUUAAAGUUAGCUUAGCUAACUAUAGCAUUUUUUUCCCUGCUCAUUCUGACUUGUCGUAGCUCCCACUGGCAGCCAUUCUGUGAGUUUUGUGAACUCUAAUCGAAAUUAAAAACUGUCUCAUGCCAACCAAAUUUGGAAAAGCAACCAGUACGUAUCAGUGUCUUGUCAGCUAAGUUAGCAUGCUCUUUUGCAAGCAAGCUAACAUCUGAAGUCUUAAUAUGUUUUAAAGCUAGUUCCUUCUGACAAUGCUAACAAGCUGUGUUACUGUUAGCUUAGCUGUCAAUAGCAAAAUAAUUUCCCCCUCAUUCUUACUCCUCUUUUAACUCCCACUGGCAGCCAUGUGGUGUGAGGAUUGCUAGCUCCAUGCUAAUCAGAACUGAAAAUGACGACAAUGCUAAUGGUACCAUAUAUCGGUGUCCUGUAGGCAAAAUUAGCAUGCUCUUUAGAGAGCAAGCUAUCACAUGAAGUCUUACUUUGCUCUAAUGCUCGUUCCUGCUCACAUGCUAAUAACCUACAAUGUUCUUAGCUGCAGAGAGUGAACCUCUUUUACCCCAUUUUUAACCUUCUCACAGCUCCUACCAGAUGAGGAAUGCUAAUCAGAACUGAAAACUGUCCCAUGCUAAUCAGAAUUGAACACGACGACCAACCUUAACCUUUGUCAGCCCCAACUGGCGCUGGCUGCGAUUUUGUUGGAGGAAAGCUCAACAUGAUUGAAAAGAUGACCAGUCUGGCAUGUAGGCAAUGUUAGCAUGCUCUUUAGCGAGCAAGCUAUCACCUGAAGCCUUAUUAUGUACCUUAUUAAAGCUACUUCUUGCAGAAUCCAGGUUCCUAAUACCACUAGCAAGCUUCAUUACAGUUAGCUUAGCAGCCAGUAGUGAAAUCAUGUCCCCCGUCCUCUUCACAGCUCCCAGCGGCAGCCGUGUUCAGCCAACACACAUCAAUCAUUAUCUGAGAAACAAAAUGCGUCUUCAACAGCCAGCAAAGACUCCACGGUCUGUAACUUCUCCUCCCUCUUUCUCCUUUAUGUCUUCCUCUUCUUCCUCCUCCACCCCCUGCUCUUCCUCAACCACCAUCACCUCCAUCAUCAUCGUCAUCAUCAUCAGACUUAUUUAGCUGCAUGUUUAAUUGACCACGACCAAUAUCAUCAUAGAGAAAAAGCAACAAAUAAAAAAGGAGAGAAAAAAAAUGAGAAUUGUCAUACUUAUCCUCUUAAUGAUUGAUUAUUGUUGUUAUUAUUAAUAUUAUAAGUUUGUUUUAUUUUAUUUUCUUGUUUGGGAUGAAAAGAUCUUUUUUUUCUUGGAAUAAAAAGAGGAAAAUGUUUCUGA